CAAUCGAACAUAAGCGUCGUCGUCAACUGAAGAAGAAGAAUCACGCAAAAAAAAAAAUCUCUCAGAAACAAUUCAUCAAACAAGUUUCAGUCAUGAAUUUGUACGGGCUCGAUUACUCACUCCUCGACGUGGGCUUCGACGAUCCCACUCUCAUCGAAUCAAUUUCAAGCCCUCAUCGGAUGUACAGAGACACAAGGCACAGAGAAAUCGACGAGGAGGAGAAGAAUUUGCUCAAACUUUCCAGUUCAAUUUUGAGAGAAAUCAAGUCCGAUAGCACUCCGCCGAAGCGUCGGCACGACGGACUUUCGCCGCUGCCUCUUGGAAUGGACUGGAGCCCUCCUCCUCGUAACUGGAACGGACCGAGCACAAUCUGGCCUCAUGAUUUCCAAACAGGAUGGAGUUAUUGUGUCACAGUUCCUUCUUGUAGCAUCUUUUCCGAAUCGGGAGGUUCGGAACCCGUAACGUUUUACAGGGUUCAAGUCGGUUUGCAGUCACCAUUAGGAGUUACCGCGACACGGGAAGUGUUGAGAAGAUUUAGUGAUUUCUUGAAGCUGUCAUCUGAUCUAAACCGGUCUUUUCCCAAGAAAAAAUUGCCCCCUGCUCCUCCGAAGGGGCUUUUGAGAAUAAAAAGCAGAGCAGUUUUGGAGGAACGUAGGUGUGCUUUGGAGGAUUGGAUGACAAAAGUACUUUCUGAUAUGGAUUUCUCAAGAAGUGCUCCCGUGGCAUGCUUUCUUGAAUUAGAAGCGGCUGCAAGGUCAUCAUUCAGUGAGUCGAGUCACCAGGUGCCGAAUAUAAAUUUAUGCAACGGUGACAGCUCAUCAGAUCCACUUUCAAGCCACACUGAUGGUUCCUCGAGUGAAGCCUUUCACGAGAAAAAUAAUACGGAGGUUCAUCAAGAUUGCGGCGGUUCGUCUAAAUCUUGUGAAAGUGUUGAAGCUUCGGACACACUUGCCAGCUCAGAUUUGCAAUUCCCGAAUGAAGCUUUGGUUUUUCUUCCAAUGGAAGAGCAGCAGAAAAUAAAGAGGGUUUUCACUACCAUGCAAGAACGAUUUUUGACGUCAAAGACGGAUAUCGAAGAUCUUAUAGCAAGACUAGAUCAAGAGCGUGCUGCCAGACAGUAUCUUACCGCAAAGGUCAAAGAUUUGGAAAGUGAACUUGAAUCUACAAAGACGAGUGGCGAAGAAAGUCUGAAGCAGGCGAUUUUCUUGGAAACGGAAAGAUUUACUAACUUGCAACGGGACAUGGAGGAACUCGGACGAAAGUAUGGAGAGAUGGAGGACGAGAAAACUUCGCUCGUUAAAGAGAAUGAAGCACUGCGGCAAGAAUCCGAUUCUGCGAAAGAGCAGCUUAAAAACUUGCAGAAAUUCCAUGAAGAGUCGGACUUGAAAUCCAAGUCAGUUAUUAAAUUUCUUUCUGGGAAAGUUAAAUCACUUCGAAUUUCUCAAUCUGCAUUGCAGCAGGAGCUCGACAGGGUGACAAAAGAAAGAACAUUAUCGGAGGAGCAGCUUUUUACACAGGUCACUACAACUCAUAACGGAAGUGACAACGUGACUAAGAUUACAGAUGAUGAAUGGAGGAAGAUGGUAAGAGAUGCUGUCAUUAGCAAUGCAAUUCCGAGGAAACGAGGGAAUUCUCGUAUGCGGUAUGAUCUUAAUACGACUGAUGAUGAUAGUCCUGACAGCUCUGGAACAGUUGAAGACGAUAUUUCUUCGAGGAAAAAACUGUAACUGGCAACUACUGCGGUUGGAUAAUGUAAUUAAGAUGAUAUGUUGUCUUUGUAAGAGUAUCGUAUGUAUGUAUUUACGUUGACAGUUCACCGUAAAAGCAGAUAUGACUUGAAAUUGCAGUUUACUGUUUCUGUUUACUCUAGUAUCUGAACAAGGUGGUUGUAAUUAUUAUCCAAAUAAGAGGCGUUUUCUCGUGACUCGAUUUGAUUUUUGCAGUUAUCGUUUAUGUAAAUACA